AUGCAUGUCGCAAGAUCAUCCGGAUCACCAUUCAGAUGCUCAUCUGCUUCCCUACACAGUCGUUUAUUCAGCACAUCUUCAAGAAUACUCUUUGCACUCUGUUGUCGCCGCGGUUUGAUCAAGCAAAUUGUGAGGGUGUCAUUCCAUCCACAUUUUUCUAUCUCCACAAGCAUCAUCCCUUCGAAUUGCCAACAACGAUUAAACGAUCGCGAUCACGAAGAAAUUUGCUCUCUAAGCAGCCCGUAG